AUGGAUCCUGGACGUCGAGCUUUGAUCGCGGGGAACCGAUCUCCCACGCGACGGGAUGUCACCUCGCCCAGGCACGACCCGAGCACCCGAAUCACUAAAUCUACCCGCCCGCCUCCCCCCAAGAAUACUGCGAGGUACCUGUCCCAGGACGAGCAGUCGCGCCAGUUCGUCGCCGACGAGGACAAGUUCGUUCUCAAGCAGUCAAAGAAGAAGGCCGAUAUCCGGGUUCGAGAGGGUCGCGCAAAGCCGAUCGAUUACCUUGCGUUCAACCUGAGAUACAUCGACUCCGAUCGCGACGUGUUUGACGAAGAUGAAGCCGACCUAGAGAUUGACGUCCCUGCGCCUGCAGAUAUCAUCAAGUCUCUGGACGCAGCUCAAACCGCAGAACUCGACUCCGACAUUGCAUCAUACCACGUCUUGGAAACCAACGCAAGGAACCGGGAAUAUUGGAAGGCGCUCCAGACACUCUGCGCAGACCGGAAAUCGAAGCUCAACCCCCUGGGACGAGAAGAGAGGGUGGUGAGCAGUGUCUCCGAUGACAUUGACAAGAUCCUUGCUCCGAAGACACACGAUCAACUGGAAGGGUUGCAGAAGCAGAUCAAGGCCAAGCUCCAGUCGAAUGAGGACAUCGACACGGACUACUGGGAGCAGCUACUACGGAGUCUCCUAGUCUGGAAAGCUCGAGCUAAGCUAAAUCAAGUAUACGAAGCAAUUAAGACGAGCCGGAUCAACCAACUGAAAGAGAUCAAUCCGACAAAGGCGAAAGCACUGGACGAAGGGUUGCCCACCACAGACGCCUUGUCUACCUUGCAUGUGCCUGUAUCUUCAACCUCGAAAGGGGAGGGGUCUAGACAAGUUGCUGCUUCAUCUUCUAGCCGCGAAUCAGCCCCGCCUGGAACUGCACGCUUCUCUCAGGCAGACAACGAAGACUUCUCUCAGGCUACUAAGGCCCUGUACGAUCGUGAGGUUGCUCGAGGCGUGGACGAGAACGAGGAGAUCUUCACUAGUGAGGAAGCAGUCGUCAGCACGGGGUCAUCGCAGUGGUCGGACAAAUACAGACCUCGAAAGCCUCGCUACUUCAACCGUGUGCAAAUGGGAUACGACUGGAACAAGUAUAACCAGACCCACUACGACCACGACAACCCUCCACCAAAGGUCGUCCAAGGAUACAAGUUCAACAUAUUCUAUCCCGAGCUCAUCGAUAAGACGAAAGCACCGACAUUCAAGAUUAUUCGAGAGCACGGGCGAAGACGGGGAGAAUCCUUUGCUGCAGCUGGGGAAGAAGACACGUGCCUGAUUCGGUUCAUCGCAGGCGCGCCAUACGAGGAUGUUGCGUUUCGAAUCGUCGACCGAGAGUGGGACUAUAGCGCCAAGAAGGACCGAGGGUUCAAGAGCUCAUUCGACAAGGGCAUCUUGCAGCUGCACUUUCAGUUCAAGAAGAUCUACUACAGAAAGUAG